AUGCUGCAGGGCUGGAUGUCGACUAGUCCCGCCCUGAAACUAAAUUUGUCCACGCUGCUCACUCAACGAUUGCUUGACUUCAAACGUCAGUUAGAAAAGCGUUCCAAAAUGCAACACCAACAAGCACCACAACUACAACCACCUGCACCGCCUGUCCCCGAGAGUCAACCGCGCGGGUUCGCACCCUUGCCACAAAAUGGUCAGCCACAUGCACUUGCGGCCAAAGUUGAAGAUACCCAUUCCCGUUCACCGAUUGCCAUUCCGGUUAAUCACAUGUACCCAGGUCAACCAGUGCUUCAAUUUGUGUCCACAAAACAAGUCGUUUUAUCAAACGACGCAAAUGCAAAGCCGCAACCAGGCGUUCCUACCCACAAUGAAUUACCUCCGGGUCCAGUUGGUUCGCAAUCCUCACCGGAAUUUUCGAGUAUGGUUUCCGACGCGAAACCACGCGGAAUCAUCAUUGAACGUGCGGAUUUCACCUCAGGAUCUAACGACGUUUCCAGCAGUCCGUCUCCCAGCACAGUUACCAAGGCACCCACUCCACCAGCCUUACCACCCAAAAGCGCUCGUGUUCAUUCAUUAGACCGAGAAUCAACAGCCCUAGGUUCAUUAGCCGUAUCCAAUGUCGACGCAAACGGUCCAAGACGAAGUCCUUCCGUUACAAAGCCCCUGCGACCUGCACCGCCACCUCCACCUGUGGUACGAAUCGCUUCUUCUCGUUCACCGAAUGCAUCGGCGCCAACCAAAGUUGGUGGAGACGUUGAGAUAACAGUGCCAUCACAGCCCAGUGAAAAUCGACCGUUAGCCGAUCAGCUGCUUCACGGUAGCACUGAGGACCUGCUGCGUGAAGUUAUGGACGCUUUUGAGAAACGUCGUAGUUGCAUUGAUCUAGGUGAAUCAUCGCCGACCAGUGGAGAACGGUAUGUUUUUUGGACAUUGUGGUACAACAAACGUUCACUAUUUCAGUCGUUGUCUGUCACAACAACCGUUUUAAUGGAAUGA